AACCCUCCACACUUUUGCUGCUCUCUUUAUUUCUUCCCGUUCUGUCCUACGUCUACCCCCCAACAGCUAGUGGGUUGUAUUGUAAAGAGAGAAGGAGAGAGAGAGACCGAAUCCCCACACGAGGAUUGCUUCCCAGUCAUCCAGUCAUUCACCAUUCGGACCUUGACCGGGCUGGAAUAGCGACACAAAAACGGUUGUGUACACACAAGUGUCGUUACAACAUUGACCCGAAAUCAAUUUUAUUUGCCAUCGCUUUCAUUUGUGCUCGAGUUUUGAUCCCCGUACAUCGGAGUUCAACAGAAAUGACGUGUCAUGGCGGUGACUGCUGCUGAGUGGACGUGAAAUGACUUCGACAGCCUUGACACACACUUUAAUUGAAGAUAAUUCAAACUAAGAAGACAUGGAACCCAGAGAUCCAGAGAGCUUGAAAUGUCGUCACAAAUCUAUGCAAUGGAGGAGAAGAGACGAAGACGGAGAAGAGGAUGAAGACUCUUGCGCUACUAGUCCAGCGACGGAAGCGUUAUUUGAAGAGAACCGGAUGUUGGCCCCGUCCACGUCGUCGUACAAAUCGUCGCCUCUGCUGGACAACUCGUCAGCUCCAUCAACGCCCAUGAAGAGUCCGACCGGAGCGUCGGAACUCAACCGGCAAAUAUUGGCGUUGCGGCGGGAGAGCCGGGCGUCCCGCGGAAGCACCGGCGUGAUCGAGAUGGUCGAAGACGCUCUGGGCGGCGCCGUCGUCACCGUCCCACCGAGCAGCUGCUCCGGCAACGGCGGAUCAGCCGGCCGGGAUGCCCGCUACCGCAAAUGGCAAACGCGCUUGUACAAUUUCUUGGAGCGGCCCCGAGGCUCUAAAGCGAUCGCUUAUCACGUCGUCGUGUUCGUGAUGGUAUUUGCCUGUUUGGCUCUCAGUGUCUUUUCGACCAUUGAGGAAUUCCAGGAAUCAGCUGACGUGGCUCUCCUCUACAUGGAAGGAUUGGUCGUCUUCUGGUUCACCGUCGAAUUCAUUUUCAGGCUCUGGUCGUCCGGUUGCCGUUCGCGCUACCAGGGAUUCCUCGGUCGUUUGAAGUUUUUACGGCGGCCUUUCUGCGUGAUCGAUGUCGUGACGAUCGUUGCCAGCGUCGUCGUGAUCUCGCUGGGCAGCGGCGGCCAGGUUUUCGCCACAUCCGCCCUCCGCGGGCUCCGCUUCUUCCAGAUUCUCCGCAUGGUGCGCAUGGAUCGCCGCGGAGGCACCUGGAAACUCCUCGGCUCCGUCGUCUACGCCCAUCGGCAGGAGCUCUUCACCACUGUAUAUAUCGGAUUCCUGGCGCUCAUCUUCUCCUCUUUCCUCAUGUACCUGGCCGAGAAAGAAGCCAAUCCGGAAAAGUUUAGCAAUUUCGCCGACGCCCUCUGGUGGGGAGUGAUUACCCUGUCGACGGUGGGCUACGGCGACGCGUUCCCAAUCACUUGGCAAGGCAAACUAAUCGCUUCCGGAUGCGCUCUGAUGGGAAUCUGCUUCUUUGCGCUGCCCUCCGGGAUUUUGGGAUCUGGAUUCGCUUUAAAAGUCCAGCAACAGCAGAGACAGAAACACAUGAUCCGGCGACGUCAACCGGCCGCCUCUUUGAUCCAGUGCCUGUGGCGAUGUUGCGCCGCCGACGGACUCUUCCGCUCCGUGGCCACUUGGAAGGUUCACAUGCCCAGUCCCAACUCGUACAAACACAAUACGUCAUUCGUGAUGACGCGGUUGCCGACGAUCCGGCGGCCGAAAGCCCCGCCUCCGGCGCACAAAAUAGCCCUGGUUUCGGCCAACCUUGCCGGUUGCGCCAUCUCGGGACAGAUUCCGGAAGCCAACGAAUGCGGCGCUCAUCCCAACAUCAACGGCGGCAUCGGCCGGAAGCUCGUUCACGAUAGCAGCCGCAAUUCUUCCGACGAUGAAGAGGAACACCCCGUGCGCUACAUCCAGCUGACUCCGCAGUACCGCAUGGCGAUCCGUGCCAUCCGCAAAAUGAAGUUCCUUGUGGCGCGACGCAAGUUCAAGGAGGCUCUCAAGCCGUACGACGUCAAAGACGUCAUCGAGCAGUACUCGGCUGGUCACGUUGAUCUCUUGGGGCGAGUGAAAGCAUUACAAGCCAGGCUGGACCAGAUCCUGGGCAAACAAGGAGGCUCUUCGUCUAAAGGCAAGGACGUUUACGACAACAAGUACUGUUUGGCCUCCCGCAUCGUCAACGUUGAACGACAGGUGGGCGAUAUUGAGGCCAAGGUGCAAAGGAUCCUCGAACUCUGCCUGGAGGACAGACAGACGAAGCGACAGGCAAACGCCAGUAAUCCGGGUGAUGAUCCAUCGCCUCUGCCAAUUGUUCAUCCGCUCCGACCGAAUCCUCCGUCAUCUUUGGGUUUGCCGGUCAUCUCGUCGACGAACGCGUUAGCAACGCCACUCAAGCCGAUUUUGGUAGUCGAUAGAGGGCACGAGACGUCGGCCAGCAGCGCCGAAGCUCAUCACCACCAACAACAACAACAACCAGGAGGAGGUGGUGGUGGUGGACAAGAGGAUCAACAUCCGUCGCCAGUCAAAAAGCGCGUCACCUUGCAGUCCUAGUGACGGACGCCGACAACGAUCCUUGAAUUUCUCUUUCUUGGUCUCCACACAUAUCCAUCCAUGAUCCAUGUCCAUCCAUCCUGUUGGUGCCCUCCAUCAUAUCUAAUAAAUAUAUAAGAUCUUA